AUGCCGUCGACUAAAAAGAGGGGGAAGAGCUCUUCGUAUUUAUCUCAUGAUUUCAUUAUAGCAAAUCAUGGAGAUAUCGUUAGUGUUAUUGCGAUGGUUUUUGUUGGUGGUAUGCUCUUUCCGGUGAGUUUAUUGGCAGAUUACAGCAUUUCCGACAUAGUAUACACGAAUGGGCGAUACGAUAUUCUAGCUGUUUUCUUCUACACGUUGGUUUGCAUUAUCAUUCAUGCGGUUAUCCAAGAAUAUAUCCUGGAUAAAAUGUCAAAGAGGCUUCAUCUUCCCCGAUUUAACCAGUCAAAAUUUAACGAGUCCGGUCAACUUCUAUUUUUUUACGUCGUGUCUUCCUAUUGGGCUAUCUAUGCCCUUAUUAAUGAACGAUUCCUAACGAGUCUAGAUGGACUUUGGACGGCUUAUCCUCACACCGUCAUGCCGUUUUGGAUUAAAGUGUUUUUCAUUGUUCAGCUUAUAGCAAUUCCUUUAGAUAAGCUAUUGCUUUAUAGUUUUUCCAAACUUACGAUAAUUAUCCUUAUUUUCCAUUAUGUGAAUGACUCUUUCUUCCACUUCGCAAGACUGAUGAAAUUCUAUGCCUUCACAACCGCGGUUAAAUUAGGACGGAUGUUGUCACUUUCAACUCCUUGUUUGCAAUUUUCAUUCAUUUUAACUUUUUUGCCUUACCACGCUUUUCAACCGGUUUACGGCCAAGAUUGCAUUUGUUCUACCAGUUUAAAUUUGAAGCAAAGAUGUUUUCAGGCGCCUGGUUCUUAUUAUGUACAUUUUAACUUAUCACUAAAUUGCAUGAUGUUUGUCCUCCUCACUCAAGUUCACAUGGUAUGGACGUUUAGCAAUUACCACUUCACCAAAAUCCGCGAAAGGAAGGCUCAGCAGCAUGUCAACAACGCGUACCUCACAAAUAGUGACCUGCAAAAGCGUAAAGAAAAACACCAAAAGAAAGGUAAUCAAUCAUUUUUAAUACUCCUCAUAUCUUGUGUACUAACUAACCUCAUAUAUCACCUAUUCUCAGUUAAACAGGAGGAUGUCAAAGAGUCGCCAAAUCACAGUAACAGUAAUGUUAAGCACAGGAAACAUAACCGCAUCAGUUCCUAA